CACCACACAGCCCCAUCACUGAGCUGCUGCAGCUCGAGUGGAUGCGGGUUGCAAAUGAAAACGGAUGAGUGACUUUAGGAUAUAUCGCGGUACUUUGGAGGAGUUUUGGAAAUAUCAUAAGUUUAUCCAAGACUUUUACUCGUCUGUGCGCGUGCCGAACGACAGAUUAGACUUGCGCAUGCACGUGAAGCUUCCGAAAACGGACCGGGACUGACGAGAAGUGGAAACUCAACUCUGAAACUUUUAGAUCUUGUCAUGUUUGGCUUGUUGUGGCCAUCCUUGUUGUUGCUCACUGUGUGGCGCCUCACUGACUUCAAGUCCCCCACACUGUGACAUGAUAUGAAACCAUCUCGGAGUAACCUUGUUUUGACGCAGUGCGAUGGAACUACAGAAGCCCAUAUGAAGUCUGACUUCUCUAAGAUUCAUUCUUCCUGGAAAUGGCAAGUCGUGCCAUAUUGAUGGAGCGGACAGCGGUGUUGAUAUGCAGUGUAUUGAUCCUAAUCAUCGGUCUAUGUGUCGGAUCUCCUAACCACAGCCGUCGGCUGGUCUGCUGGAAAGCCAUCCUGAAGUGCCACGGAGAGCCGGAGUGCCAUUACGCUUAUGAUCAGUACAUUUAUGCUUGUGCGUCUGUCAUCAAUGGGGACCGUACGAAGUGUCCCAGUCACUGCAUAUCCUCUCUCAUUCAGCUUAAUCAAACCCAAAGCGGCCCGGCUCUGGAGGACUGCGACUGCGCCGUGGACCCGGUCUGCAGGAGCACCAAACAAGCCAUCGAGCCGUGCCUGCCGCGGACCAGCACCAUGGGCUGCACCGAGGCCCGGCGGCAGUGUGAGGUGGACCAGUCGUGUAGCUCUGCCAUGAGGGAUUAUUUAUUCCACUGCCGAAAACUUUUCGGAGGGGAAAGGUGCUCGGAUGGGUGCCGCAGAGUGAUCGCCAACAUGCGCUCCAUACCGAAAGCGCAACAGCUAGACACUUGUGUGUGUGAUGGCGCGGAGAGGAACAUAUGCGAGUACAUAAAAGUCAGCAUGAAAACUUUCUGCUCGGAGUCUAGUGAUAGGUUCGCGGGAAGCGGAUUUUCGGACUCUGAGGAUGAUUCUGAAGACGAUUAUAUCGACCAGGAUGAUUAUCAAUAUGUGGAGAACUCAAGUGACUCCGCACCUUGUUUUACUGCCCUAAAUGUCCUGACCACCAUUUUGGUUUUAACCAGAUUUAUCUGCCAUUAAAGGCAGCUAGAAAGUCAGUGGUCUUUGCUCAAUCAGAAAUCAACUCACUAGAAUCUGUGUGCUUUGUUGUAAUCUAUACUCCCCCCCGUUAAUCUAACAUGUUUCAAUCCAACACUAAACUUUCUGCUACAGAUCUGCACAAGUUCAUACAAUUUCUGUUUGUUAAUCACUAAAUAGCAUUAUGUUAUAUGUCAGUUACACACAUGUUAGUCAUCGGAUAAUGCUGAAGGAGCCUAUUUCGUGUUUGUCAGCUAUGUAAAGAUAGAUUGUACAGUAUAUUGUAUAAAAAUUAUUUUUGUCAACAUAUGUGUUUAUAAGUGACAAGAGAUUUGCACUGUAUGAACAAGUGAGUCCCACUUGUUUACUGCAUUAUGGAAGGAAAAUGUUUAGUCUCAAAGUGCCUGAAAGUCUUAAAACUGGGUUUAUUCAUCACAUCAGAGGUGUGCAGCUGAAAGCAGAGCAGUUUAAUUUCACCAGCUGUACAGAGACUUUCUCCACAACCCCUUCAUUAAAAAAACCAAAGUUGAUGUAAGCCACUGAAAUAUGUCCAAGUCCCAGGGCGGAGCAUGCAUCUGAAACAAGAAGCUCUUAAGAGUGAUACACUUGACCUUGUAAACAUGGAUGUUUGCUUAAGGUAUCAAGUGUUAAUUCUUUAAAACUGUCCAAGCAGACGAGAGAAAGGUAAACUCCUCCUCCUGGGGAUUUGCAGCCAAAAUGGAGCCAAGAAGCUGUUCGGUCAGUUUGUUUAUUCUCACCCCAUGUGUUUGUUUGAAGUCUUCACAAAGACACACUGAGGGGGAAGAAGUGUCUGUGUUCGGCCCAGUGCCGAUAGUAAGUGCCCAUUAUGAACACACUCCUCUGAAUGUACAUGCACAUUAAAUAAAAAAAGAGUUUUUAAAAUAA